AUGAGUCUGCUACGUCUUCAAGCUAUUUCUCGAGUCUCUGCUCGUACCCAGGUUAUCCGUAUGGCUUCUCCUGCCAUAAACUCGCGUCUGAUAUCCUCAUCUUCUAUUAAAAAGGCUGCUACUACCAAUCCUCAAGCUCUUGAAGAUUCCUCCUCCUCUCCACAGCUUUCUGAUGUUAAAAUUAUCGAUUCUACUAAGCCUCCUCAGUUUCUUAAGUCUCUCGCUCCUAUGGACCUUUUUUGCUACACCCUCAUUGCGGCUGCCACAGCUAACCCAGCUCUUAUCCGUCUCUCUACAAAUGUUAUGCGUUAUGUCCCCAAGUCCCUUAUCAAAACCUUUGUUUAUCCCAUUUACUGUGGUGGUGAGACAUUUGAUGAGGUUGUGGCCACUGGUUCUAAGCUGCUUAAGCGUGGCUUUGGCAACAUGAUGAUUUCUUAUUCAGUUGAAGAUGCUGAGGGUGAAGGUGCCAACGCUCUUCUUGACGAGGCUGUGGCCGAAAUUGUCAAGUCUAUUGAUGAGGUCUUGGUCAAGCAUGUUGAGAAUGUUGAGGCUCUCUAUGAAAAAGGAGAAGUUUCUCAGCCUCCUAUUUCUGGCUAUGUUGCUCUCAAGCCAACAGGUCUUAUGCCUAACUCUGCUCUUGCUCUCCAAGAGUGGAACAACCCCAAGUAUGCCGAUCUUUGGGAAGAGUACCUUGCCACUUGCCGUGCCAUUUGCCAACAUGCUCUUGAUCAUGGAAAGGGCAAGGUGGUGAUUAUGUUUGACGCAGAAAAGAAGAUUUUGCAGCCAGGUGUUUAUGCUGCCCAACGUGCUAUGAUGAAGGAGUUUAACCGGAAUGGAAAUGUCAUUGUUAUGGGCACUAUUCAAAUGUAUCUUCAAGACUCUCGCGCCCAACUGGCUUCCGAUCUUGCUGAUGCUAAGGAGCACGGUUACCAGCUUGCCCUGAAGCUUGUUCGUGGAGCAUAUGUCCACUCUGAGCCUGAUCGAUGGAAUGUCGUUCACAAGACUAAGGCUGACACUGAUGCUUCUUAUAAUGGUGGUGUGAGUGAAAUGCUUUCUGAAAUUGAGUCUGGUUGGCGUGCAAAGAAGCCUUCGGCUGUUGGUCGCUUGAUUGUUGCUUCGCAUAAUGAAGAGUCUAUGAGCAGAGCCUCUUCUUUGCUUAAGGCUGCUCAGUCGGAGGGCAUUAUUCCUGAGGGUGAUGAGUCUGUUGUUUUUGGUCAACUUAUGGGUAUGGCUGAAGACCAAGGUGAAGCCCUUGCUCGUAGAGGUCACAAGGUAAUUAAGUAUGUUCCUUGGGGUCCUGCAAAGGAAACCAAGGAAUACUUGGUUCGUCGGUUAGAGGAGAAUGGUGAUACUGUUAGUGUUGGUGGAUGGGCCAUGGCAGGUCACGGACUUGCUGAAAUUGCUCGCAGAGUUUUUGGCAGAAUGUGA